AUGGCGGCCCUUAAAUUUUUCGCACGAUCUAUUAUUACUUUUAACAACAAUUUACACUGCUACAGUUUAACUAAACAAUUGCUCCCACUGACAGCUAAUCAGAUAUCAAAGCGAUGGGCGAGUUUCAAAUCCUCACCACAAUACAGUGAAAAUAUUAAUUACACAGACUUCGAAGUAACUAAAGAUCCAGAAGAAUGGAAAUGGGUUGAACAUUAUUUACCAAGUACACGUGUACCAGACUCACCGAAAAAUAUCACCAAGCCAUUGGCAUCUGGAUGGAAACCAGCAAAAGAAGAAGCAAAACAGCUUCCUUAUUUCAUAGCAAGGACGAGGAAUCACAUGCAGCCGGUCUACUUGAAGCGCAAACAGCGAGGUAUGAGAAGAGUAACAGUAUUACGUCGCAUCAGCGGAGAUGUAAUGGCAUUGGAAGCCGAUUUAAAAAAAUACCUCGAGGAAGUUAUGGGCAAAGAGAUGGGCACGCAAAUAAUAGAACCAUCCGGAGUAAUUAAAUUUCGAGGAGAUUGUGCAUCACGUAUUAAAGAUUGGAUGGAGCUAAAAGGGUUUUAA